AUACCAAAGACCACCCCGUUUGGUGAGGCUAAUUGUCAUCCCUAUCUUUGAUAUGAAAACAGAAACAUCAUUGUAGUAGUCACAACCAACUCCACCCAGCCAGGCUUUUAGCGCAAAAAACUCUCUUCACGUCCCUCUAUUUCAUCUUCACUCAACACUCGCUUCCCCCCCUCUGUCCAUCAAAAUCCCCUUCAAUGUCAAAACUUGUUAGUUCACAAGUCCUUAUCUUCAUCUUCCUUUAGAGAUCUUUUUCAAAUUCUCUGCACUAGUUUUUUCCUUGUUGGUGUUUUAAUGCUAGCUUGCUUAUAAAACACUAAGCUUGUCCAUGUUCUUCUUCCAUCUUGCAAAAUUUUUACAUUGAAGGUUUGAUUUUCAGGAGAAAGAUUAAUGGCGAUUGAACUUGAAAGCUCUGGUGUGAGUCCCAGAAUUUCUUUUUCUCAUGAUUUUUGUCAGUCUGAUAUUAUUCCUGUGGUGGAGCAAAACCCUCGAAGAUCAAAUUCAAUAGGCAUUGAUUUCGACUUCUGUGUUCGCAAAAGCUUCGACCAAGAUUCAUCUUCAGCCGAUGAGCUUUUCUCCGAUGGAAAAAUUCUUCCCACGCAAGUCAAGAAAAAGAUUAACAACAAUCCUCAAGUUUUGAGUACAUUGCCAGUAUCAUCUCCUCCAGGCACUAAAAAUCCUGAAGAAACAAAAGAAGAGAGCCUGAAAAGAAGCAAGAUAGUAAUGAGGGACGAAGCUGGCGACAAAGAUGGUCAUUUAGAUGAGAAUAAUAAUAAUAAUAACAACAAUAAGCAAAGUUCAAAGUCGUUUUGGAGGUUCAAAAGAAGCAGUAGUUUGAACUGUGGCAGUGGCUAUGGGAGGAGUUUGUGCCCUUUGCCUCCACUUUUACAUCGCAGCAAUUCAACCGGGUCUGCUACAAAUGAUAAGCGAGCUACAUUGUCAAAGGAGAGCAACAAUUCCCAGAAAAAAUCACCACAAUCUUCAUCUUCAACAAACCAUUUGAAGCCCCCAUUGAAGAAGAAUUAUGGAUCUUAUGGAAAUGGUAUUCAAGUGAGCCCAGUUCUGAAUGUCCCAUCAGGGAACUUAUUCGGUUUAAGUUCAAUUUUCUUCAAUGGCAAAGACAAGAACAAGAAGAAAUAAUUGCUUAAUGCUUAGUUUUUUAAUUAAGGGAUUGAUUGUGUUUUGAUUAAUUAGCCUUUUUCUGGUUUCUUGAUGUGGGACGAGAGGAUAAGAAAGAAAGGGUGCAUGAUGAAGAAGAUAAAAGGAAAGAAAGAAGGAAAGGUAGGUAGAUGGAGAAAGAUAUAAUUUCGUGGCACAUGGCUUGGAGAACAAAUUGACAGGUAACCCUUGCUUUCAUGGCUGUCCUAUUCUGCUUUGCUUUUGGUUUUAUCAUGUGACAAACAUGCCUGCAAUAUAAUGUUCACUGAUAUUAGUUAAGACAAAGUAUUUGUAUUCAGAGUGCUUUUAGAGAUCAAAAUAAUUCCCCAUUAAUGACAAAAAACUUUGCUUCUUCUGAUCUUCUCCAUUUAUGAUUAUCUUAAGAGGAUUCUGAACACAACAAUGGAAGAUUAGAAGAAAGAGGGUUUCAGUUGGGAAGCAAUAAUUUUAUGCUUAUCUGUAAAAUGAGUCAGAAUUUUCCCAUGUGUUUGAUGAUGACCAUGUGACAGGCAAAGCUAAAGAUAGUUAAAAGAGGACCCCCAUUUUCAUGGUUGUCUUUCCUUAUAUUUUACUUCUCAUAUGCUUCAGAUUCAUACUUGUGAUGGUGUUUCUUCUGUCCCUGUGUUUCUGGAUAUUAGUGGCUGCAGAUUUUAUAAAAAGAUUGGAAUUAAAUGUGUUCAUAUGUC